UCGGAGGACUGAGAGGGACAAGUUGCAAAAAGGCAAAUUUGGAGCUGGCUGAUUCCUUUGUGGAGAGACAGAAAUCUUGGACUGUAUGCAGUAAACAUCAAGAGGAGCCCCAACUGUUCUGCGUGGACGAAGACAAACCUCUGUGUCCUCUCUGUGAUUUUCCUCACCACCAGAGUCACAGAGUGGUUCCUGUAGAAGCUGCUAUCGACGUCCUGAAGGAGAAGCUGAAAUCUGACUUAAAGUCUCUGCAGGACAAGAGGAACAAAUACAAACAAAUGGUGAAAACAUACAAUGAAGUGAGGGAACACAUCAAGAAGCAGCUGUUGUCCACAGAGAGGCAGAUCAGAGCAGAGUUCAACAAGCUCCAGCAGUUCCUGAAAGAGGAAGAGGAGUCCAGACUGGCAGCUCUGAGGGAGGAAGAGGAACAGAAGGGGAGGACUAUCAACAGAGAGAUGAAGAUGAUUGAGGAGCAGAUCUCCUCUCUGUCAGACAGCAUCUCUGCUGUUGAAGAAGAGCUGCAGAAACACAGCGUGCCAUUCCUCAGCAGUUAUAAAGACACUCAGAGCAGAGCCAGAGCCCAGAGCUCAGUGUCAGAUCCACAGCUGGUCUCAGGAGCACUGAUAGAUGUGGCCAAACACCUGGGCAACCUGUCCUUCAGAGUGUGGGAGAAGAUGAAGGAGAAGGUCCACUUCAGUCCUGUCAUUCUGGACCCAAACACUGCAAGUGGCUGGCUCUGUCUGUCCGAUGAUCUGACCAAUAUGAGACGUCAAGACGCAAAACAGCAGUUUCCUGAAAAUCCAGAGAGAUACAUUAAACACACCAAUGUUCUGGGCUCUGAGGGCUUCAGGUCUGGGAAACACAGCUGGGAGGUGGAGGUGGGAGACCAUCCUGACUGGAUUGUGGGUUUAAUUAAAGAGUCAGCUGAUAGAAAGGGAGAGCGUUCUGCUUUACCAAAAUAUCCAAUCUGGUGUUUAUGGCAUAACAGUGGAAAAUACACUAAUGGUGAUGGUCAGACUGUGAAAGUGAAGAAGAGUCUCCAGAGGAUCAGGAUCCAGCUGGACUAUGACAGGGGGGAGGUGUCCUUCUGUGACCCUGAAGACAUGACUCACAUCUACACUCACAGAGACACUUUCACUGAGAAACUCUUCCCAUUUUUCAGUAUUGGAGAGGCAGGAGACGCCAAAACCUCUGAUAUCAAAAUCUUUCAGACUGAGAUGUGAUUGUGAUUCUUUUCUAUCUCUUAGCAUUCCACUUUCCUUUUUAAUGUUUUUGUUGAUAGUUUUAAUAAAAUACAAAAUAUUCAUGUGUAGAAUAGACCUAACUAUCCAUGCUGAUAUAGCAGUUGAUCUUGUAUUUGUGUGACAACUAAUUUACAAUUACAUUUAUUCAGUAUUCAGAAAAAUCUCUUUCAUCAGUUUUUAUUGUCCAAUUCUGUGGGAACUGUUUAAUAAUAUCAGACACAAUUAAUCACUUCUAAGCGUGAGAAAUCUGAAGACUGUCUUAUUUAAAACUACAACUGAACACUAUUUAACUAAUCAAUCUGUUCAGUUUUUUUUCUAUUAAACUCUACAAGAUGCUGAUAAAGAGACCAAAAGCUCACAAACGAGCAAAUGUUCUGUAUGUCUUAUUUAAACAGGAACAUUAUUUGUAUAAUUUUUAAACAUUCAUGCAUUUAAAGUUGCUGUUUGUUCCAAUGAUUUUAUGUCAGGUAAGGCUGACAAUGUUUUUUCUUUCCUUGUUUUUUGUCAGAUGCUACAGCCCAGAUUUUUUUCUGAUAUUUUGAUUCUGAUAUUUGCUUUAAAGCAAGAGAAGAGUUAACUUAUUGUAAAUUACCGAUCCAA